GAAUAAAACAUGUUUCUGAGAAAGAUGCUUGUUUCUGUCGGCGCAAUGCGUGAAGAAACCAGCUGGCUGUACCGACUCCGAUAGUGUAUCUUGAGUGAGCCGUGUUUCCGUGAAACAAAGAACGUUACAGUCUCUGACGUCUCUCUGGAAGGCUCCCCUUGCACGGAUUUCAUCAACCUUGUUGUCAAGAGACUGGACAUUGGUGAGUAUUAUGGUCUGGAGUGGAGCGCGAUGUACCCGUCCCGUCUCCGGAGCCUGACCAGAAGACCUCUCCGUCUGCCCCUUCUACGGCCUCGUUGUUUUGGGUCGCCGGCUGGGAUCCGAUCCAUUGUCCUGGGUCGUGGGCAAAACGGAGGAUCCGCUUUUGGAAAGUCAUAUUCCUGGUCGUAAUGAUGAUAGCUGAUGAGUCUCUGUGGGGAGAGAGAGGAGGGGACCACUGCCUCUGAAAUGAGUCUCUCUGGGGAGAGUGAGAAGAGAGGCACUGCCUCUAAGAGGAAGUAUUCUGACCGAGAGGAAGGGGCCACACCCUCUAAAAAGAGUCUGCCUCAAGACACCAGUUCUAAGAGAGACCAUGGUGGAGAGAGUUGUAUCGAGCCUGGACCUGAGGACACCAGAGACCAUGGUGGAGAGAGUUGUAUCAAGCCUGGACCUGAGGACACCAGAGACCAUGGUGGAGAGAGUUGUAUCGAGCCUGGACCUGAGGACACCAGAGACCAUGGUGGAGAGAGUUGUAUCAAGUCUGGACCUGAGACAUUGAUUCCUCAGAGCUGUAAGACUUGUGACCAUGUUGAGGACUCCACACACUGGCUUCAGAUUGAACCCUUGACUUCCACUGUCCAGGGAGUGACAAUGUUCAGACACAGGACACCCAAAGGGAGUUAUGAGUGCACAGUGUCUGGGCUCCGCUGGCUGUGUGAGAGAGAUGUCAUUCUGAAGUAUCACUUCAGGAACUGGGGACCCUACAGUCAACUUCUGAAAGACAUGCAGUACACACAAGGUGGUCCAUUGCUGGACAUCACUAUGGAGUUCGGUGAACUGGAGGAAGUUCAUGUGCCACACUUUGUCUGUUUAGGGACCAACCCUUCCCUGAGGAAUGAGAUGAAGAUUCUUCAUGUAGAGGAACAUGGAGUGUCUUUAGAGGAAGUGCAUGAGGUCACCAGAUUCCAUGUUAGGAUUCUCCAUCCCAAGUUCUCACCUAUCGCUCUGAUACUGAGAUUACUGUCUUGGAACGUAGAUGUCCACUGUGAGCUGAUGCUCUAUCUGACAGUGAAAAGGGAAACAUUAAUUUCUCGCCUGUACCUGUUCCCCUGGAACCCCGGCCAAAUACAGGCUGUGGAACAACAGGAAAAGUCCUACGGGUCUUCAAGGUUUCUCAUCUCCAGACCAGAGCGGUCCUUCAAACUAUAUAGUUUCUUCAGACUGAACAUUCCCUGUUCUACCUCCAUCAAUCCACCGAAGAUUCAUCUCAUACAAAGAGACACCACACCAAGCUUUUUCAAGGCGAUUGUGAAAAUAACAGGGAUUGACAUUGAGAUGGAGUUAUUCGGUGAUGAUGAGAGGACAGCAUGGAAAGAGAAAGUAUCACGAUAUGAAUACAUCACUGACACCCAUUCAACAAGUGCUGUGUCGGGGGCAGGAGGUCCGGCUGAGAGCAGUCUGACUGGUUCUGCAGAGCAGCAGCUGCGUUCUGUACGGACAGAGUUUGUGAAACGAGUAUCAGGACCUGUCCUAAAUGAACUCCUGGCCAGACUCCUGCAACACACAGUCAUCAACCAGGAGGAAAUGGAGUCAGUGAAGGUGAUCGCUGAGAGGGCAGAGAAGGCACGUGACAUCAUCGACAUGGUGUUGAGAAAAGGAACUGAGUCGUGUUCCAGGAUGAUCAACCUUCUUGGGGAGAUGGACCACUGUCUUUGGUCACAGCUUCAGAUCAACAGUGUUGGGGUACCAACCUAAUGGUAGAAUGGAUAGUAACAGUGUUGGGGUACCAACCUAAUGGUAGAAUGGAUAGUAACAGUGUUGGGGUACCAACCUAAUGGUAGAAUGGACAGUAACAGUGUUGGGGUACCAACCUAAUGGUAGAAUAGAUAGUAACAGUGUUGGGGUACCAACCGAAUGAUAGAAUGGAUAGUAACAGUGUUGGGGUACCAACCUAAUGGUAGAAUGGAUAGUAACAGUGUUGGGGUACCAACCUAAUGGUAGAAUGGACAGUAACAGUGUUGGGGUACCAACCUAAUGGUAGAAUAGAUAGUAACAGUGUUGGGGUACCAACCUAAUGGUAGAAUGGAUAGUAACAGUGUUGGGGUACCAACCUAAUGGUAGAAUGGGGCCAGUAACACUCCAAUUGAACACCCUGGGGUGUAUUCACUAGGAAACAGACAACAGAUCUGAUCCUAGAUCAGGACUCCUACUCAACACCCUGGGGUGUAUUCACUAGGAAACAGACAACAGACCUGAUCCUAGAUCAGGACUCCUACUCAACACCCUGGGGUGUAUUCACUAGGAAACAGACAACAGAUCUGAUCCUAGAUCAGGACUCCUACUCAACACCCUGGGGUGUAUUCACUAGGAAACAGACAACAGAUCUGAUCCUAGAUCAGGACUCCUACUCAACCUGAAUUUGUCCAAAAUAAACACUUUUGUUGUUGUUGUUGUUGGAAAACGUUAUGCUACGGUGGGCGACUAAUAAAUACACCCCUCAUCUGA